CUUACUUCAUCGCGUGUUAUGUCACCGACUGCUCCUCAGCGGUCAACUGGUUCUCAGGGCUGAAGCACACCAGGAGCGGCUGUAGCGUCCGAGAUAGCCGGAGAAGCGAGCAGCCCGCAGGCGCCGGUCAGGAUGUUGUCCCGCAUGUUGCUGUCGCUCAUCAACAACCUACACGUCGUCGAGAAGCUGGCAGAGUCUCGUCCGAUCCGCAGAGCCGCUCAGAUCACAGCCUACGCCAUCACCAAGGCUCAGAUCGCCGGCCGGGACGCCUCGGAGCGGGUCCUGCGCUCCCAGACGCUGCGGGAGGUGCGUAAGGAGGCCGGCAGGGUCCCCGGGGACCUGGGAGAGAUCAACACCAAGCUCCGGAGGGUCAAAGACACGUUUGUGAACGAGGUGAAGGAGGGAUGGAAGGACGGUUCCCGGCAGAUCAAGAAGUGAGCGGACUAGCUAAACUUCACCCACACGCGCCUCCCAACAUGCCCAAGGAGAGGAACGUUGUGCCGGAUGAACUGCGGCCGUCGGAGCGGCUGCAUGUGGAAGGACCUGCACUUCUCCGCAGCCACACCAUUCAAGAUUUUUGUUUCCCCAUUUCUGAGACCUCGUCAAACAAUGUAAUAAAUUCCGAAUAAUGUGUCUGUGGAAGGAUCCCUGAAAGUUAUUAGAACACGUGCACACACAGGGAGAAUAUCCACACAGAGAGGUCUGGCCGGUAAUUGCACCUUUGACCUUCUGGUGGAGCACCAACCACUGCACCACCAUACCUCCUCUCAAUGAGGGCCUGUUAGUUUCAAGAAAAAAAACUCACACACCGCAGUAAUGUUUUAUAUUGGGUUAUACUAUUGAUAGGACACAUUUUGCCAAGCAGCCUUUGAAAAACCAAAGUGUACAAAAUGUAGAAACCUAGUGUGUACAGAUAAAUAUUUUAUUGUGAUUCUAUAAAUAAAGGUAUUGAUUUAUUAAAAAAAUAAUAAAUAAAAAAAAAACACCUUUUGAGCACGUACUCUUUCAACUAAUGCAUU